GAGGACGAGAGUCGGCUUGCUGGGCGGCGAGUCUGCAAUUUAGCCGGGAGCCGCAGGACCUGCUGCUGCUCGAGCCCGGCAGGUCGGGCCUGCUCGAGUGCGAGGCUCGCGACGGCUCCAUGAUCGAUCAGCCGGUCAUUAGCUGGCGCACCGACGACGGACAGCCCAUCAACUUCAUCGGCGACAAGUACAGGACCCAACUGCCCAAUGGCUCGCUGUACAUCAGGUCGGCCAACGAGGAAUCGAUCGGCAGUUAUCAGUGUCUCGCCACGGUCGAAAAUGUCGGUGCCAUCGCAUCGAGGACCGCCGUCGUUAAGCUCGCAAGUCUCGCGGUGUUCGAUCGAGAGCCCCAGGACACGAUGGUCUAUACCGGCCAGAUAGCCUAUUUGAGCUGCAAAUUGGCCAGCGGUGCCGGUGGCGAGGAGGAGCAGCAGCAGCGCCGUCAGCAGCAGCGGGUCGAUAUCCAGUGGCUCAAGGACGAACAGCCGCUCGUACUCGACGAGAGCCGAAUGACUAUACUGCCCUCGGGCGCUUUGGAAAUCGACGACGUGAUGCCGGAGGACGUGGGCUCGUAUAGGUGCAACGCCUCGGGCUUCGGCCAGUUUCGCCUGAGCAACAAGGCCCAGCUCACCCUGCAGAGCAGCGACGUCGAGGAGGGCGACAGCGCGCCGGUCUUCGUCGCCAAGCCCUUCAGUCAGGUCGCCGUGGAGAGGUCCCAGGUGACGCUCGAGUGCGCCGCCAACGGCAGCCCCAAGCCCGAGGUGUUCUGGCUCAAGGACGGCAAGACCAUCGACCUGUCCUCGUUCGACUCGAGGUACCAGACGGUCGCAGCGUCGAGUCUGCUGAUCAAGGAUUUGAACGAGGACGACACGGGCUCGUAUCAGUGCCGAGCCGCAAACAGCAUCGACACCCUCGACGCCGUAGCCGAGCUCAGCGUUCAAGUCGCCCCGAGAUUCAUAAAGCGACCGCAGGACAAGGAGGCGAGCGAGAGUCAGGAUCUCGAGUUCGAGUGCGAGAUCUACGGGAAACCGCAGCCGAGCAUCACUUGGCUCAAGAACGGCGAGCGCAUAAAGCUCAGCAAUUACUGGCAGCUCAUCAAUGGAUACAAUCUCCGGAUAAACGGCCUGCUUAGCAUCGACGCCGGCAUCUUCCAGUGCAUGGGCAGCAACGCGGCCGGCAGCGUUCAAGCCUCGGCCAAGCUCACCAUACUCAAGCCAAAAAAAAAAGACCGAGGCAGAGUCACGAGCUCGAGCAACAACAACAACAACCGCAAAUCGGCCGCGGGUACGAAAAAGAAGCUGUCGCACAAGCAGCUAUCCAAUAGCACCUGGCAGCAUCCGAGCACGCUGCUCGGCCACACGUCCUCGGCUUACACGCCCUAUCCGUCCUUGACUUCGGGCGGUGCAAACGGUGGUCGUCACUCCUCGUCGUCGUCGGACGACGCGGCCGAUCUAUUCGGUACUCCGUUCGGCGGCUCGCGCUUCCCGUCUGACAACUCGGACGAGCAAUCCUCCCACGAUCCCGCUGUUUCAGACGUCGACGGCUUCGGGGAGUUCGGCGAGGCCAACAGCAAGCCCUCGGUGCCGCGCGACCUCAGCGCCGGGGUCAUCGGCAGCCGCUUCAUCGCCCUCAAGUGGCAGGAGCCCGAGUCCACGGGCAAUCUCGGCGACAUUCACAAUUACCUCAUCUAUUACAAGCAGGAGAGAUUCGCCAGGGAGAGACAGGAGCGCACUCAGAGCAAAGAGACGACGGUGACCAUCAGCGGUCUGCAGCCCGGCACGACUUACUACUUCUACGUCGUGGCGAAUGUCUCCGACAGCAUCAGAAGUCCACCGAGCAAGACCCUACAACUGACCACGGAAUCCGAGCCGAACGUACCGAGCCAACCGCUAAACCUCAAGGGCUGGCCGACGAGCAGCGAGAGGAUAUCGCUGAGCUGGGACGAGCCGACCCUGAUCAACGGACGCAUCUCGAGCUACCUCGUCACCUACGCGGAGGGCGACAACGAGGAGGUGAAAAUCAACUCGACCAAGACGUCGAUCGAGCUGGACAACCUGCUGCCCUACAAGGAGUACAACAUCUGGGUUCAGGCGGUCAACGACAACGGCCCGGGCGCCUCCACGGAGGAGAUCAAGGUGCGGACUUUCGGCGCUGCGCCCAGCGCACCGCCCAACGUCACCGCCGAGGCGGCCAGCUCAUCGAGCGUGAUCGUACGCUGGGAGCCGCCUUCCGAGGGCCAGAACGGCAUAAUAACCGGCUACAAGAUACGCUAUCGGCAGUUCGAUCGACGCAAUCAUCCCGUGGUGAUAACGACCGAGGGCAACGCUCGCAUGCACACCAUCGCCAAGCUCGAGAAGAACGUGCCGUACGAGGUGCGCGUCUGCGCGUUCAACGUCAACGGCACCGGGCCCUGGUCCGACUGGCUCAGCAUCGAGACCUACGAGGACGAUCUGUCCGAGAGCGAGGUGCCCAGCGCGCCGACCAAUUUGCGAACUAAAGCAAUGUCGGAUUCGAUAAUCGUGUCUUGGGGACCGCCCAAAGAUCAAAGGAUCAAAGUUCGUGGCUACGUGCUUACCUGGGGUAAAGGCGUUCCCGACGAGUACAAGAAAGUUUUGGAUGGCAAGCAGCGCUACCUUUCCAUUGAUAAUUUAGACUCGAACUCGGACUACGUGAUAUCGCUGAGGGCGAAGAACGAGGCCGGCGAAGGUCUGCAGGUGUACGCGAACGUCAGGACGAUCGAGCGCUCGGCCUCGGACAACGCGGCGCCGCUCCAGCCCCCGGUCGGCCUCAAGGCCGACGUCAUGUCGCACAGCACGGUCGUGCUCUACUGGACCGACUCGUCCCUGUCGAAAAAUCAAUUCGUCACCGACAAGCGCUACUACGUCGUGCGCUACACGUCCUACCAUCGCAGCAACAAUCCCAAGUACAAGUACGAGAACGCCACGGAUCUCAACUGCAUGAUUCACGAUCUCAAGCCCAACACCGAGUACGAGUUCUCCGUUAAAGUCGUCAAGGGCCGACGAGAGUCGCAAUGGAGCAUGGUCGCGUUGAACAAGACGCUGGAGGCCAAGCCGGCCUCGUCGCCGCGCGACCUCACCGUCCAGGGCAUCGACGAUCAUCCCAAGUCGGUCCUGCUGCGCUGGCAACCGCCCAAGCAGUCGAACGGCGACAUAAACGGAUACACCAUAUCGUACACGACCGAUAAUACGAAGAACGAGCGCGACUGGAAGUGGGAAGCGGUGGUCGGCGACAUCAACGAGUACGUGCUCAAAGCCGAGCUGCAGCCGAGCACGACGUAUUAUUUCCGAAUACAGGCGCGAAACACCAAGGGCUACGGCCCAUUCUCGACCACGAUAUCCUACACGACUCAGCAAACAAUGGGUAAAGACAUUUUUUGUUCCGCAACUUCGAAGUAAUUACGCCGCUUUCUUGUGCUUUAAUCGAGACCCUCUCGUUUUGCUUUAUCAGAUGGACGAGGCAUGUCGAACUUUUUGAUAUACAUCAUCAUUGGAUGUACGGUGCUCGUGCUGGCGGUGACGAUAUUCGUGGUCGCGUUGGUCUGCUGCCGACGGGGCAUGGAUGUGCCGGACGGCAAGAAAGGCUACUUGAAAGACACCAAUAUUAAGACCAACAUCAAGCCGCCAGAUCUGUGGAUCCAUCACGAUCAAAUGGAGUUGAAGGCUUUGGAAAAGACCAUGGCUAAUGGAGAGACAAACACCACGGCGACUACGAGCAAUACACUGCCGCGUUCGAGUCAGUCCGAGUACAAUCCGGACAGCGUGCACGGAAACUCUAGCUCGCUCGACAAGCGCACUUACAUACCGAGUUAUAUGGGCACUAACGACGAUAAAUGCUCGACACUGAGCAGGCAACACAAUCGAGGGAGCCACAAACCUAAACUCAUUACACUACCGGUUGACAGUGCACCAUUACACCAGCCGAUUGCCACUGCUACACCGAUCGUCAAUAGUAGCAUGUCUCAACAAACGAUUCACAGCUCGUGCUCCGAUAUGCCGUCGCUGCGACCAUCUUACGCCCGAACCGUGGCUCAAUACAGUCUAAGUCGAGCUCAUAUAACGCUCGAACCAACUCCAGAAUCUAGUCCAGAUUCGUGCAAUUUAACCAGCGCUUACGAAUCGCUUCAACCUCAGUUAUACACCUCCGGUGGACCGCAGUCGUACAACGCGACGCAGUUCUCUUCUAGCACCUACGGCGAUAGCGGCCAGUCCGUUACAGGAACCGAAAGUAAUGGCGGAGUCAAGAGGUUACAGGGCCAUCCUCUGAAAAGUUUUAGUGUGCCUGCUCCGCCGCCACAGUCAGCUCCAUCGACACCGGCUCAACAGAAACAUGGAGGUAGUUUACAAUUUUUUUUUCAUUCGGUAUUUUAAAAGAAAAAUUUGAAUAUCCUCUUAUAUUCAAUUUUUUUCAUUACAGUACGAUCGGCUUUAUCGGGUAGCCCAUACAAAAAGGCAACGAGUUCGAGUCAAUUAAUCAAAAAUAGGCUAGCGUCAGUGACAGGAACGACCCACACUCCAGAAGAAAUCGAAAGAUUAAAGCCUUCGUACAGUACCGAGGAACUCAAUCAAGAAAUGGCCAAUCUUGAAGGACUUAUGAAGGAUUUGAAUGCUAUCACAGCUUCUGAAUUUGAAUGCUAAAAGUGAAUUUUUCUAUAACGCGUGCCAUCUAUUAAGAACAAAUCGACUGCUGACCAUGUGUUACUCAUUUUCGUAAUUUUAAUGAAUAUGCGUUCAUUUUUAAAAAUGAACAAUUUAGUAAAAUAUUGAGCUUCUGCCUUGCAAGUUUAAUAAGUACACAGAAAGCUUACAUUUUUAGAAAAUCCGUGAUAUAUCUGCACGAUGAUAUUCAUUUUUACGAAAAUGGAUAAGAAAGUAGAUAAAGUCUAGCUUUUAUAUAAGCUUGCAAAGAAUUUCAAAUAUAAAUUCUUUGUUCAAGCGAGUGAAAUGUUUUUACCGGAUUGCAACUGAGCUUAUAAGCUUGUUGAAUUGUGACGGUUUUCUAAACUCGAUAAAACAUUAGGUUUGAAAGAUUCUCUUAAAAAGAGUGGUCAUAUAAAAUAUGAUUAAGGACUGCCACAAACCCAUCGAUAACUAGUGAAUUCAGAAACUUGGACGAGCGAGCAAGGAACUGAUAAAAUGAAACCGCAUAAAUGUAGAAGCUUAUUGACCAUGUGAAUUUCUUUUUUAUAAUGAUAUUUAUUUUUUAUAAAAGAAAAAGUUUGCAUAUGCAAAGCGGUAGAAUAAUAACAAUACUACAAAAUAAUUGGAAAACAGCAUAUUGAAAAUGCUUAAGACUCAGCGUUAUUUCUUAGGGUACUUUUUAUCAGAUAUUAAAAUCGUAAUUUCUAUUUAAAGUAAGCGAGUCGUCUAGAAUAAUGAUCUCAUUGGAUGAAAAAAGUAUCAUUUCAAAAAAAAAUAAUAAAGAAAAUUGUUGUUAUCGUUAAUCAUCGAAGGUGUAUUGGAGUAUGUAUGUAUAAAAGCUGCUUGUGCUUCUCAAGAGCGUUUGUAGAUUUGAGUUCAAGUUUGGUUUAGUUGUAAAAAAUUAUGUAACAUAUGCGAGUAGUAAGCCAAACUUGCUAAGUGUUGAGUAUUAUUAAUGAAUAAUUGCGUACAGUUUUAUUAUACUUGUAAUUUUAAGAUGUAGUUUUUAAAUAUGUGAAAAAGAUCUAUAUUAGUUAAUAUAAAAAUGUAUCUACGUUAAUGUAUGUUUUUUUACAUUCUUUGACACUAAGGCUAAAAAUUAAGAUAUUCAUAACAGAGUAACAACAGAUCGCAUACCAAAAUUCAGUCUUUUUAAACAAUUUUAUAAUGAUGAAUCAUGUCUAAUAAUCUUAAAAAUUAUGAUGUAGAGAACCGAUUGCAGUUGGUUAAACUUUUUUAUAACUAAUCCAAGCUUAAUUUUUAUAUCUUUUUUUAUACAAUCUUUAUCUGACAUAUUUGUAAGCUGAAACAAUUUUAUAUAUUCAACUUUUUACUGCCAAUUAGUGAAAGUUAAUACUUUUUCAAUAAUGCACAAACAAUUUUAAAAUUUUUAUACUUUGAACUUAAUAACUUGGUAUCGAAGUACAACUUUUUACUAUUAUCUUACUCUGUAUUUUAUACAACUUUUUAACUUUUUACCUCUGAAAAUCUUGUAAAUAAAACAACUACUCAUAAAAUAUACGACAAUGAGCAAAUAAAAGUACUAUAAUAUUUCUUGCGGAAAUCGUUACCUUGUUGAAAUAGGCAUACAAUUAAAAGUGAUGCGUCUGAUGUAUAUUGUACUUCUGCUUCACUGAAUAAUCAACUUCUUUCCAUAAACAAAGAGUGCCGCUUAAAUUUUUCCAGUGCACGCUAUUGUACCAUUUAUAUUCGGUUUGGUACGAUAAAAAUCAAAAAGAAAAUAAAAAUCAACAAUGCCUACAUUUUGUAAAUAUCGUCUAAAUUUUUAUAGACUUGAUAAUUCAAAUAAAAUUUAACCAAUACCUAGGGUCAAGGCAAAGCAUUAGUUUGCAAAAGCUUCACAAAAUUUUGAUUUUAUAAGAACUAUUUCAGGGUGCCUAAUAUGAAAUAUGAACAUGCAUUUCUGAAAGUACUUGAAAGCUAUCCUGCUCUUAUUCGUGAGCGAUGAACGUAAAAGACUGAAAUAUUCUCGAUACGAACUGUGUCAGCUAAAAAAUAUUGCAAACAUUUUUUAUACUACUUGAAAACAAAUUUGAAUAUUAAAUGAGAGGUGAAAAGAUUGAAACGAAUCGAUACAUUUUAGAAAGAUCUUUUUGGCUUUUUUAAAAGAAGAAUGACGAUAAAUUGAAAGGAUACUGAAACAUAAGAAUUAACAGAAUAAAAGUGACUCUUUCGCAAUCAACGAAAAGAAUCCCCGCGAUGUUCAUAGCUUAUCAACACACUUGUAAUUGCGUGGUACGCUAAU